GGCGUCCUAGAGAGACGUUCGGCUCACGCUCCGCUGGAACCCGGGAGACAGAGGCCAAGGGGCGACGCGAGCUGCGCAACGUCUUCGGCUCCCGACCAGGCUCCUGGGGCCGUGGGUGGCAGUGACUAGGAAGUGCGGGAGCUGGAAGGAGUGCAGAGGGGGCCGGGGAAGGAGCCCGCAACGCGGUGAGGGAGAGGCUGGCGUAGGGGCAGCUUGCACUGGCCCCCAGGAAGGCGAGACGAGCUGGGAUCCCAAGAGCAGGGCUCCCACGGAACCGCGAUGAAGGGAGUGCGUUUACCUCUCAGCCCGAGCGGAAGAGGGGGCCGAACUGGUGGAAGAGCGGCCCCUGAGUCUCUCCCGGGUGGACCUUCCCGGCCGUGCGAGCCCCAGGGUGGCUGUGCGGCGCGGAGGCCGGCGGAGCGCGGGAGGGAGCAGCUGUCCCCGCGGACCCUCCCUCCGCGCCUGGCGCCGGGCGCCCCCGCCAACACGCGCCCCUGGGCUGUCAGCCCCCGCGAGCUGAGCCAGGGUCCCAGCAGUCAGCGCCUGGAGACCAGGAAGAAGUUUCCUAAAGACUCCAGUAGUCCUCUUCCAGCAUACCUUAGUUUAAUAAAUAAUGUUCUUAAGUCAGAGACUCUAACACAGGCCGAGCUGAGGUAUAAAAAAAGGGCAAUGGUAGAAAUGUUGAAGCUGGACCAGAAAAUAAAACGAGCUCAAAUCCAGCAAGAACCACUAAUCAAGGAAAUUAAGCAGCUAAAUACCGAAAAGUCCCAUGUCCAGGCUGAAAACAAAAUUUUUCUGGACUACCUGGCCAACAAAACUGAGGAGUACAGAAAGCAGCCUGAGACAGUGUGGAACAACUACAUAAUGAAAACGCAGGACAUUGAAAGGAGGAAGAACGAAUCAGCUGUCAAAUAUGCUAAACAAACGUUAAUGCUUAAAAGAGAACUCUUGCAGAAGGAAACAUUCCAUCACAGUUUGAAACAACAAUUGGAGAAUAUGAGAAAUCUUUCCAUGUUAAAAGUGAAACAAGAUGCAGAAAUUAAAAGCUUAGAGAAGCAGCAUAUGAAAACCGAAGCUGAGACACAUAGAAAAGUGAAAGCAGCCCAGUUCUCACUCCUCCAGGAAAAAGCAUUACUGGAGAAACAACUGAGUGAGCCAGACAUGUGGCAACCUGAAAAAAGAAAAAAGUUUAACAAGAGGAUCCAAGCCUUGGAGCUGGCAGCAAAGCAGUACACUUCUGAGUACUACCGUAACGCCCAGAGAGAGAGCCUGCGAUUGCAAAGUAAACUGUUGCAACUGACUCAGCAAUGCCAGGAGUUGCAUGCUACUAAAAACCAUUUAAAAAAACAGAUGCAGAAGCUGCAGCAGGAACAAUGGUAUAUGGAGAGCUUACGCAGGGGGAGGCAACGUCUGCAAAGUAGGCAUAAUUGGUGUUCAAAAGAACAGGGUGUCUCAGAGACGGCAGUGAUGCCUCCCCUAGGCACCAAAUCAAGUUUCAGUCCAAAGUAAUUCCUAAAAUAACACUUGACUCAAUAAGGACUGAAACAGGUAUUAAUUUAGGUGGUACAUUAAGCUGGGUGAGAAGGCUCUGAGAUCUUGGAUUGCUAUGAAGUAUCCAGCACAGUGUGUUUGGGGCGUGAAGGAUCUCGUGUUCUUCCUCUGCUUACUGCUUGAUAUUUGUUACCAGCUUCCCUUAAAGGUUUUGCCUUGAUUAUUUUAAUAAAACAAGCUGUCCCACAACUUUCAGAUAACCUAAUACCAUCUGCCAACCACACAACACCCAUGUAUUCAACCAGCUCAAGAAAAUCACCUUGAAGUGAUUUGUUUCAUCUAGACUUCCUAGAGAAAACAUAAAGGAUAACAUUUCAGGCUAGCUUUAUACACAGCAAAUUAUCAGUUCACCUUCACUCCUUUUGGCCAACUAAUUCAGCAAAGUGUUUUUAAGUUCUUUUUAAAAGUGUGUGCCAGUAGUAAUCAGGUAGCUCUUCUGUAGUUUUCUCAUGAGUAAAAAGGACUAUUCUCCUAAGUUCAGUAAGUGCCAGGCAGAAUGACCUUUACCCUGGGGCUGGGCUGCUGUAAUUCUGGCUUUGAGUAUACUGAGAAGAAUAAAGAAGAGAUGUACAUUAUUUCAAUUAUUAAUUUUAAAAGUGUUUUCUGUGAAGAAAAAGUAUCUCUAGCAUUAAUAGGGUAACUGACUCCCUCUACUUGUUUGAAGAAAGUCUAUUCAAAGUUUUCAAAUAUUUGGAAGACUUUUGAAAGAAUUAUGUGAUUGAUUUUCCUAGCGGUGAUCUAAAUUCUAAGGUUACAAGAUCACUUCAUGUUAAAUCUAGUACUUUUGUUUUAGGUCAGUUAUUACAUUUUAUUUUGCACAUAAUUGUACAUGAAAUGAAAACAGGAUGAUAUUAAUAUAUGCCAAAUAUGUAUAAUCAACAGAACUGGAAGUAGUUUUAAAUUAAUAGAAAAUUUUAGUUCUAUUUUCUGCGUAUAUGAUGUGUUGGUGAUUAGACUAUUCAUUUAUUUGAAUUCUUUUUUUUAAAUAUUUUUUUUAUAUUUAUUUUUAUUUAUUUAUUCCCUUUUGUUGCCCUUGUUGUUUUAUUGUUGUAGUUAUUAUUGUUGUCAUUGUUGUUGGAUAGGACAGAGAGAAAUGGAGAGGGGAUGGGGGAAGACAGAGAGAGGGAGAGAAAGAUAGACACCUGCAGACCGGUUUCACCGCUUGUGAAGCGACACCCCUGCAGGUGGGGAGUCAGGGCUUGAACCAGGAUCCUUAUGCGGGUCCUUGUGCUUAGCGCCACCUGCGCUUAACCCGCUGCGCUACAGCCCGACUCCCUCAU